AUGCUAAAGUUCUUCCCUUCCUCCAGGAAGGAACGGGGGCACUGGCAGAACAGGGUCCCUCCUCCUGUUGGAAAUCCCGAUGAAGUGGCUUUUAUUGUUAUCACAGUCCUGGAAGACAACUCAGAGUUUCAGAAGAAACAGAAAGUCCUAAUCAAGCAAACAUACAAGAGGACUUUUAUCCAGACAGACAAACCUGUGUACAAACCUGGACAGAUUGUCAAGUUGCGAAUUGUAACCUUGGAUCAGAACUUCAUUGCCAGCAAUGGAACGGACCCCAAAGGGAACCGAAUUGCACAGUGGCUGAAUGUUACGCCUGUGGGAGGCAUCGUGGAUCUGUCCUUCCCUCUAGCAGCAGAAGCACAGGUUGGAGAGUACACCAUCAAAAUGCCUGACCGCACACAUACCUUCAGCGUAGAAGAGUAUGUGCUGCCCAAGUUCAGUGUCUCCAUCCAGAUGCCUCAGGUGGUCACAAUCUUGGAGGAUAACUUCCGUCUCCACAUCUGUGGCAUAUACACAUAUGGGAAACCAGUCCGGGGCAGUGUGAAGGCUGUGGUGUGCCGUAAACACAUCCGCUAUAAUCGGAAGUCUUCCAAAGCCAAGCGCAGUAUUUGCAAGGAUUACAUUGGUGAGACAAACGAGGAUGGCUGCUUUGCCUCUGACGUGAAUAUUAAGAUCUACCACCAGAAGCGUGAUGACAGUUAUGAUUUCAACCUGGAAGUUGUGGCUUUUCUGAAAGAAAGUGGAACAGGGGUGGAGUUCAACACCACUGAAAACUGCAAGAUCACUUUUGAUAUCACAACUCUACAAUUCUUGGGGACAAGCUACUACUACCAGCAAGGAGCUCCCUACUAUGGAAAUCUAGAACUCAAAAGUGCCAAUGGCACACACCUGAAGAACAAGGAAGUGAUUCUUACAGUGUCCUAUGGUAGAAGGAAGCAGACCAAGACCUACUUCACGGAUGACACUGGGAUGGCCUCUUUCAUCUUAGAGACAUCAGCCUGGGACAACAGCAGUAAAGUUCUACUACAGGCAAAGACCCAGAUGGAGGACUUAAGCAGCCAGAAUGUGAGGGUGUCUUAUGGCACGGCAUCCCUCACCCUGAGGGCCUUCUACUCUUCCAGCCAAAGCUCUGUGAGGAUCCAGCCAGUGCAGGCAAUGCUGCCCUGUGGGGAUGUGCAGCAGGUCCCUGUGCACUAUCGCAUUCUAUCCUCAGAGCUGGGGAAUGGGGCUGACAGAGCAGACUUCUACCACCUGGUUUUAGCCAGAGGAUCCCUCGUGCAUUAUGGCCAAACAACAGUACUUCUUGAUCCACCAUUAGAUCAGUAUAGUGGGGCUUUCAAUGUCACUCUGCCCAUUGACCUCAUUUCACCCAUGGCUACCAUCUUUGUUUACACUGCCUUCCCUGAGGGACAAGUGGCAGCUGACACCUUCAGUCUGAAGGUCUCCAAGUGCUUCAGGAACCAUGUGAAGCUUGGCUUCUCAGACACUGUGGCUCUCCCAGGAUCGGCUGUCCGUCUCCAUUUGCAGGCUGCACCAGGCUCCCUUUGUAGCAUCCGUGCUGUAGACCAGAGCAUCCUUCUCCUGAGGCCAGAGGCUGAGCUAUCCAGGGAUAGUGUGUACUAUAUGUUCAGCUAUUCUCAGGAGCACCCCGCCACCCUCACAGACUCUUACAGUGACUACUGUACUAUCCACAAGAGUCCAGGAACAAUCGGUUCUCCUCAGACCACCCUUCCACCAGGAACAAUGUCACCGUUCAUGUACAACAGAUACUCUUAUGCAGUGUCCCAGCCAGAUGUUUAUGAACUUCUGAAGAAUUCAGGUCUAACAUUUUUAACCAGCCUUAAAAUCAAGUCUCCAAUUGAGUGCCGCACCCAGACCACUUUCUACUACGACUACAUGUCUUAUGGUGAGCUGCCAGACUUGGACAACUUGGACCCAGAAACAGAAGCUGCAGUUGAACGUGCUGAGUCAGAGCACAUUGAGCUGGGUAGCAAGGCAGGGCCAGUCAUUAAUAAAGUCAUUAAGCAGUAUUGGCCCAAGUGUCAGUCCCUGAGGGAUGUCACGGGGAGCCAUGGGUUUGGAAUCUCAGAAACCACCAGUCUGCGGAGCUUCAAGCCCUUCUUCGUGGAACCCACCUUGCCCUACUCUGUCUUUCGGGGAGAGUCAUUUCCCCUGAAAGUCAAAGUCUUCAGCUACCUGAAGCAGUGUAUGGUGCUCCAGGUUAGCCUAAAGGAGUCCAUGGAUUUUGAAUUUGUGCAUGCAAAUGUCAAGUUCACUAUUUGUCUGUGUCCUGACUCAGCAAAAACAUUUUCCUGGGAUGUGAAGGCUACAAAAUUAGGGAAGGUGAAUUUCACUGUCGCUGCUGAGGUGGUGGAGCAGGAAGAUGUUUGCACUGAGAGUACAGGUGUUGUGCCAGAGUCUGGAGGGAAGGACACGGUGGUUAAACACCUCCUGGUGAAGGCAGAGGGGCUGCUGGAGGAAAAGACCCACACCUCACUCCUGUGCCCUAAAGGAACUUCAGCUUCAGAGACAAUCACUUUCACUAUGCCCGAGAACAUGGUCCUUGGGUCAGAGAGAGCCCACAUCACUUUCUUAGGUGACAUUCUGGGGACAGCACUGGACAAUGUAGAUGAGCUCCUCCAGAUGUCCAGUGGCUGCGGUGAGCAGAAUAUGGUUCAUUUUGCCCCCAAUGUCUUUAUCACACGAUACCUUGAAGAAACAGGACAACUGACUCCAGAAAUCAAACAGAAGGCAAUUGGCUAUUUGGAAAGUGGAUAUCAGCGGCAACUCCUGUACAAGCACGCAGAUGGCUCAUACAGUGCCUUUGGGGAAGGAAGUGAGCCAGGGAACACAUGGCUUACUGCCCUUGUCCUCAAGACCUUCAGCCAAGCCCGGGACUUCAUCCACAUAGAUGAGCAAAAUAUAAAAGAUGCUGCCAAUUCCCUGAUUAAAAGUCAGACUCCAUCUGGCUGCUUCAAGAGUGUGGGGAAGCUCUUCAACAAUGGUCUGAUGGGUGCAGUGGAGGAAGGACUGGGGCUGAGCUCUGCAGUCAUCACAGCUCUCAUACACUCAGGGAUGCCACGCUCUGACCCAGUUGUGGGGAAAGCUCUGAAAUGUAUAAAGGACCUGGUCAAUGCUGAUACUGACAGUUCCAACCUCUAUAGCCUGGCACUAGCUGCAAACGCCUUUGCAGUAGCAGGUGAUAAAGCCCUCAGGCAGAAAAUCCUCCGAAGGUUGGAUAAGGCCGCCAUAAUAUCAGAUGACCAAAUAUUCUGGAGUCAACAGUCCAAACAGGAAGAAGGCUCUCUCUAUUGGUAUCAGGCUCCAUCUGUUGAUGUGGAACUGACGUCUAGUAUCCUCAUGGCUCACCUUUCAAAGUCAAGUUUGUCUUCAGACGAAAUCAGAAAGGCAUCCCAGAUUGUGUCUUGGCUCACCAAGCAGCAAAACCCUUAUGGAGGCUUUGCUUCAACCCAGGACACAGUGGUUGCUCUGGAAGCCCUAGCCCUGUAUGCAACCAAGACCUUCAGCAAGGAUGGCCUUGAUCUUCAGGCUUCCCUCUCUUCUGAGGGUUUCCACCAGAACAUCCGAGUAGACAACACCAAUCGCCUCCUGCUGCAGACAGUGGAGCUGCCAGCCAUUCCCCAAGACUAUACUGUGCAUGUGCAGGGCCAUGGGUGCCUCUUCCUGCAGGCCAUUCUGCGGUACCACAUCCCUCCAGUGAGGAGCGACGUCACCUUUGCUGUGUCUGUGCAGACAGAGUGCGCCGCACCCAACAUCACCCAGUUCCCUGUCACCAUUCGUGCUCGCUACACAGGGAACCGUGUGUCCACCAACAUGGUCUUGAUCCAAGUGGAGCUGCUGUCAGGAUACAGCCCCGUGGCAGGUUCGCUGGAAGAGCUAAAGAAAAUGCCUUUAGUGAAGAAAGUUGAAAGCAAAGCUGACCAAGUCAUUCUCUACCUGGAGGAACUGACUAGACAGCCUCACACCUACACUUUGAUGGUGCAGCAGGACAUGCAAGUGAAGGAUCGUAAGCCAGCUAAUAUCAAGGUCUACGAUUACUACAUGCCAGAAGAAACUACAGUGAUGAGCUACAGCGCUCCAUGCGAGUAA